AUGGCCUUCACCUUGUACGACGGCACCAUCGCGACGGCCAAGGCCGCCCUGACGACUCUGUCCCACAUCAUCGACGAAGCGCAGAAGCAGCCAAACUCGGAGACCUUCCCCCAGGCGCGACUAUGCGAGGACAUGAAGCCCCUCGUCUUCCAGGUCCACACGGCGACAAACCUCGCCGCCAAGAUGGUCGCGCGGCUGUCCGGACAGGAGCCCCAGGACCUGAAUGACGACCUGGUCUCGUACGACGACAUGCGCGCGCGCAUCACCGAGGUCUUGAACGCCCUAGCCAGCGCCGACAAGGACCUCGUCAACAAGCUCGGCGAGGAGUCUGCGCCGACGGUCAUGGGGCCUGGCAGGACAUUGGACAUACCCGGCAAGGCGUUUGCCAUGGGGGCGGCGAUGCCCAACAUCUUCUUCCAUGUCUCAAUGGCCUAUGCGAUUUUGAGGAAAGAGGGGGUGCCGCUGGGGAAAAAGGACUUUAUCAUGAGCUUCGUGGGGGAGCACGUCAUGAAGGCGGCUCAGUAG